UAUGGCACUGACCGGAAGUUGCGGCAAGCAGCGAGAGUCAGUGCAGUUGCCGUGGAGCGGCGGCCGCGGCCUCGACUUUACCAUGUUACCCCUCUCCAUAAAGGACGAUGAGUACAAGCCGCCCCGCCUCAAUCUGCUGCGCAAGGUCUCAGGCUGGUUCAGGUCCAUCCUGUCGGACUCCACAUCCCGGAACCUCUUCUUCUUUCUGAUGCUGAACCUCUCCUUCGCUUUCGUCGAGCUGCUGUACGGGAUCUGGAGCAACAGUUUAGGUCUCAUUUCAGACUCGUUCCACAUGUUCUUUGACUGUACAGCUCUUCUGGCUGGACUGGCAGCAUCUGUGAUCUCCAGAUGGAGGUCGAAUGAUACCUUUUCCUAUGGAUAUGUGCGAGCAGAAGUUUUGGCUGGAUUUGUGAAUGGAUUAUUUCUGAUCUUCACAGCCUUCUUCAUUUUCUCAGAAGGAAUAGAGAGAGCCCUGGAACCCCCUGAAGUACAUCACGACCGGCUGCUGUCUAUUUCUGUGCUUGGGUUUCUUGUGAAUUUGGUUGGCAUUUUUGUAUUUAAACACGGUGGCCAUGGACAUUCUCAUGAUGGUGGUCAUGGCCAUAGUCACUCGCUCUUCAAUGGAGGAAUUCCUGGACUGAAUCACGGACACAGUCAUGGAGAGCAUGGGCACGGUCACGGAGAGCACGGGCACAGUCACGGACACAAAUCUUUACAUAGCCAUGAUCACAGCCAUGGGCAUGGGCAUUCACAUUCUCAGGAGCACCAUCAUGAAGAUUACCAGUGUGAUACACUACAAGCAAAAGGAUCCAAUAAACAGAUUUUAGAAGGAGUUUUUCUGCAUAUUGUAGCAGACACACUUGGCAGUAUAGGUGUAAUAAUAUCUGCCCUUCUGAUGCAAAACUAUGGCCUUAUGAUAGCAGAUCCUAUCUGCUCUAUGUUGAUUUCUUUCCUUAUAGGAAUAAGUGUUAUUCCACUCUUAAAGCAAUCCAUUGGGAUUUUAAUGCAACGCACUCCUCCAUCUUUGGAUCACAUGCUGCCCCAGUGCUACCAGCGGGUUCAACACUUGCAAGGAGUUUAUAGUAUAAUUGAUCCCCACUUCUGGACCUUGUGUAGUGAAGUUUACAUUGGCACGGUAAAGCUUCUGGUAGCGCCCGAUGCAGAUGCACGAUGGAUUUUGAGUCAAACUCAUAGCAUUUUCACUCAGGUAGGAGUAAGGCAGCUUUACGUCCAGAUUGACUUUGCAGCUCUGUAAAGUUGUCUAAAAACACAUGGGUCCAAAACCCUGGUGCUGGGAUCAGGGAAUAGAAUUAACUGCUGUUGGGUCGUUGGAUUGAAACACCACCACUAUACAGUGCACUUGAAUGUGGACAGAGCACUAUUUAUUUGCAUCCGUGGAAGGUUCUCUUCAAAGGAGUCAAGGAAUAGUGAAUUAAUCUGAAUAGUCACUACCUGCUAGAUCUGGAGCCACCUUUAUGUCAAGGCCUAAAGUGUCUUAUUUCAUCAUGACUUCACCAAGGAAUUAUAACUGAGUCGGUGUUUUGUAUGAUGAGCCAAACAUUGUGGUUGUAUAAUCCUACAUCCUAUUUAGCAGAUGUAUUCCCACGUUUCAUUCUAUUCCUGUUCUUGUAAAUAUUGUUGACCUGACUAUCAUUCUGCUAUGUGCUAAUUAUUUUCUAAUUGGUUGUACGCUAUACAGGUUGAAUGAAAUGAACCAUAUUCAGUUUCUGAAGUGCCUUUUUACAGUGGACAAGAAUUAAUAUUUGAAGGAUGGAAGGUGGAUACUGGACACAUUGGGAGAAAUUUGAUAAUCAUUGACCAGCAGUGUACAUCAUGGUGACCAGCGUGGUUCUAUGGAUUUUAAUAGUUUUUUUUUAGGUGGGAUGUUAAGGAACCUAUCCUUUUUUUGUAGUAGUGGGAUACAGAUCAAUAGCUUAUUCUCAACAUUACCCUUUGUCUUGCUGUCCAUUAUAUGCUGCUGGACAUAAAGAAAUUCCACUUUCAUCAUGGCAAUUUUGCACACAGGUGACUAUGUGUGUUCAUCUGGAUUGGGCUGGGGUUGAAAUCGUACAGUACAGCAAAGGAUCCAUGCAGAGGUUGCACAGAUAGACGUGGAUCUCAUCAAAACAAAUAUUCUGUCAUAAAAUGUUAACAGUAUUUUUUCUUAAUUAUACUGUCCCAACUCCUCCUUUGGUCCUGGUUGUUUGCAAAUGAUCUGAUCUUGGGUGAAAUUCAGUAAAACUACAGAUGUAAACACCGAGCUUUAUUAGUUGCUUAUACAAAGGCGAAAUAGUGCCGAUGCUGGAAACCUGAACUAUAAACAGGAAAUGCUGGAAAUACUCAGCAGGCCAGGCAGCAUCUGUGGAGAUAGAAAUCGUGUUCAUGUUUUAAGCCGGAGACCUUUCAUCAGAAAAAGCUGUUGCCUGCUCUACUUCACCUUCUCAGCCUUUUUUGUUUAUGUUUAUAAAUUGCUUAGCUGACCUUAGAAGAUUCAAAGAGGGACGUUUAUGAUGUCAGUAGCUUGCUAGAAGGAUGAGCUUGUUGUGAGUUGAUUCGUUUAGCAAAUGGUUUCUCAUUAUUGUUUGUGCUGGGCCAGUUGAAACAGGUGUUGUAGACCAACCAAGUUUGCUAUCAAACAAGAAACUGGAUAAUCUGAUUUCUUUAACAAUAAAUUGUUACAUUAAUGAGGCUGCAGGAAAACUGUGAUUCUAAUGGAACUUUAACAUGGAGUUCAUUAAGUUGCAGAGUAAUGAUGAGAAGGCUAACAAAUAAUCAGUACACAGUGGCACAUCAGGAGAAAUUGCCCACAGUCAUUUUGCCUGUAUAAUAUUGACUUGUAUUAAGACAGAAUUCCACUAGUGUCAAUGAUAGGAUAGUGUGCAAAGCAAAAGACUGCAAUCUGGUUGCAUUUUAGAAAAUAGAUAAAAGAUUUUAUUUUGUUUUAGCUGUUUCAGCAGUGAGCAGAAUCUACUUUUGUAAAUUAUUGGAAUUCAUCUAGCAAUGAAGCUGUUUGGUUAAAUCAGCUGCGUAGGGAAAUUAAUUUGGAAUAUGAUACAGUAUCUUGCAACGGUUGCCAAACUGCAUUGUCCAAAGCAAAUGUUUACAGCUUGGAAACCUUAGUAUGAUUGAAAUGUUUACACACGCAAGCUGUAAUCAAAUCCUGUGUUUCUGUGCAGGAUAAAAUGAUGGUACUGCACAGACAUUCCCUUCUCCCUCCCCCUCCCCAGAUGCUAUCUGUAAAACAAUUAUGUGGUUUGCUUCAGUUCACGUCAUUCCAGGUCUGUAUCUCUCAAUCCACACGCUACAGUACGUGUUCACUUCCCAAAAUGUGUGAGUAACUAAUGUACAGGGCAAGUUUAUCUGAUAAACUUCAAUAAAUAAAUACUUCUGCAUCAAAGCAAAAGUAUUUAUAUUGCGUUGGUAGGGAAGUUUUGCUGUUCACUUUAAACAAAAUAGUCACUCUGUUGGCUGUAUAAUGCAUUGUUGCUGCUUCUGGGAACAUUUUCAACAUUAAAUCAAAGGGGUUCUUUGUUCUGUACCAAGCCUUUGCCUCUCCCCAUAAAUUAAUUGGGCAUUUGAGGAGAGAAGAGAGUUGUAUUAUUUUGUUUAAAAAAUAUGGUUGUCAGACUGUAGAAAUCUUUUGCAGUUUAACGGCUUUGAACAGGACUUUCUGAAAUCCCACUUGUAGGCCUUGAGCUGUCUUUCUAGUUGAUUUUAAAAAUCAUUCUAGAUUAAUCUCUUUUCAGAAGAUCGAGAGAUUACAUUACAGUAUUUUUAAUAAUUUGAAACAGACUUGUAAAUGUCACCAAAGCAAUUUUAAGUACGCACAACUAUGAAAUAAAGUCUCUACAGUAAAUUGUCUUAUCAAACAACUUGCCUGACUUACAGAAAUAUGCAUAAUAAAUAUUUUGACAACGACA